AUGGGACUCACCAAAGAACAGAUCGAAACCUUCCACAGAGAAGGAAUGCUCUGCAUUCCGGACUUUUUGUCCAAAGAACAGAUUGGAAAGCUUAUGGGACGGUCACGUGAGCUUUUGACGGGUUUUGACCCAUCCCAGCAUCCCAAAACCCAGUUCAAAACAGGCGACAACGAUCACGUUGGAGACGAAUACUUUUUUGACUCCGCCGACAAGGUGCUGUACUUUUUCGAUACUGACGCGUUCGAUGUAGACGGCAAUUUGAAGUAUUCCAAGGAAUUGGCCAUCAACAAGAUCGGCCAUGGGUUGCACAUGAAAGAUAAGACAUUUGAGGAGAUCACUUUCGAUAGAAAAGUGCAAGAAAUCGCUCGGGACUUGGAAUUCAAGGACCCCCGGGUGCUCCAGAGUAUGAUGAUCUUCAAAAACCCUGUUUCUGCCUCGUUUUCAUCCAGAGAAAACGCCGUUCCUCCUCAUACAGAUGCCACCUUCUUAUUCACAAAGCCACAAACGGCGCUUGGCUUUUGGUUUGCUUUGGAAGAUUGCACCAAGGAAAACGGGUGUCUUUCGUAUAAUCCUGGAACGCACAAGACGGUUCCACUUACAAAGCGUUUUGUCAAAAUUGACCAGGGCGCCAAAGGAUGCAAUUUCAUUCCUGUCGAGCACGGCGAAGCCUCUCAGGAAGACAAGGAGGAGGACUACAAGCUCGUGGAGUGCAAGGCGGGAUCUCUCAUCUUGAUCAACCACUCUGUGCUCCACAAGUCUGAAAAGAACCACCUGGACAAGUCUCGUUACGCCUAUGCCUUCCAUGUUAUAGACGGCACGGCAGAGUACGAUAAUUUGAACUGGUUGCAGGUGCCUCCAUCGCCACAGGGAGGCACGGCGUUCUCCAAGUUGUAUGAGCCUCCAGUUGCAGCUUGA